UUUCCUGUCAGUUGAAGUGUAUUGACAUCCGUUUCGUACAGUCAUAGCUUUACACUUGUCAAACCGGUCCCCCUCUCCGGUUUCUGUAGACCUUCUUUCAUCUCGUAGGUGAGCGGGAUCGUGGUCGUACAUGCGGGGGAGGCUGUAGGAGCUCAGCGGCCGCACGGGACAUGAUGGCCGGGCUGCUGUUGGUGUUUCUCGGGGGGCUGCUGGAGGUCUGCAGCGGCGUCUCGGCUAACAGAGGGGGAUAUCCUUCCUUCACGGAUGAAAUCCCUUUUAAAAUCACCUGGCCUGGCGUUGAAUUCACACUGCCAACGUCAGGUGCACUUUACAAUGAAGAUGACUUUGUUAUAAUGACAACAACAGAACAAGAAAAAUAUAAAUGUCUCCUGCCUUCACUGACAGGUGGAGAAGAGGAUGACGAGAAGGACUAUAAUGGGCCCAGUCCUGGUGAACUACUAGACCCACUCUUCAAACGGAGUAGCUGUUCUUAUAGGAUUGAAUCUUACUGGACAUAUGAAGUAUGUCAUGGGAAGCACAUAAGACAGUAUCAUGAAGAGAAAGAGACUGGGCAGAAGAUUAGUGUACAGGAGUACUUUCUAGGAAAUAUGGCACAGAAGAGCCAAUCUGCAGAGACAGAUAAAGUUGAAGAAGCAGAAAAUUUGAAAUCACAACCUGAAACAGAGGUGUCCACUAAGAACAUAGAAGGUCAGCUGACUCCAUACUACUCGCUAGAGAUGGGAAAUGGCACCCCUUGUGUGCUGAAACAGAACACGCCUCGUUCCACAUCGGUACUAUAUGUCUGCCAUCCCGAAGCGAAGCACGAGAUCCUGUCUGUCGCUGAGGUCACCACCUGUGAAUAUGAAGUGGUGGUGCUGACUCCGUUGCUCUGUGCACACCCUAAAUACAGGUUCAAGUCCUCCCCAGUUAACGCCAUCUUCUGCCAGGCUUUGGCGGGCUCCCCUCUCCGACCUCAACGACUCACCCAGUUGGACAAGGAGCAGGAGGAGCAGCUCAAACCACCUUUCAGCAGCACCUCUGAACCCAGAGAGGUGAGACGAUCUGAGGAAGAGGCACCGCCGGUGAGAGAAGAGGCCUUCACUUCCACUCACAAGCCCAUGACAGUUGGCGGACAGUCGCAGGUGACCGUCGGUACCACUCACAUCUCUCGUCUGACAGAUGACCAGCUGAUCAAGGAGUUCCUCAGUGGCUCAUAUUGUCUGCAUGGGGGUGUUGGGUGGUGGAAAUACGAAUUCUGUUAUGGAAAGCAUGUACAUCAGUACCAUGAGGAUAAAGAACAAGGAAAGAAUAUUGUAGUUGUGGGGAGCUGGAAUGCAGAGGAACAUAUAGACUGGGCCAAGAAGAACGUCGCCCGCUCUUACCAACUGAAGGACGACGGGGUGCAGAAAGUCAAGUUGGUCUCCCACUUUUACGGCCACGGAGAUGUUUGUGAUCUGACAGGGAAGCCCAGACAGGUCAUUGUCAAGCUCAAAUGCAAGGAGUCAGAGUCUCCCCACGCUGUCACUGUCUAUAUGCUGGAGCCUCAAACUUGUCAGUACAUCCUCGGGGUUGAGUCUCCAGUCAUUUGCAGGAUUCUCGACACCGCAGAUGAACAUGGACUUCUGUCAGUAUCCAGCUAAAAAAAAAGAAAAAGAUCAUAUCACAGCGAAGGCACAUAAAGGACAUGGAGAGGACAGAGGCGAAAGAGAGGACACCCAUCGUGAACCAGAAGCCUGUGUGUGACGGAGGAAGAGCGAUGCCCGAGACUCUGCACUAAAAGCCAAAACAGAGUUUAAACUGAGGUUUAAGUUGACCCUGAGGCUGGACUACAUUUAGCCCACAGCUCCAACCCUAAUCUGUGCAACGGGCAAUAUUACAUUACAGUCUAAUCCUCCAGGCUAGUUCAGACUGUGAAAGGAACAUAAAACCGAAUUGACGCCUCAGUUAAAAAGGCAGUAGAUUUAUUGCCUGGUCUUCAUAUCUAUGCUUCACAUUGUGUUGAUUAAUGGUAAGCAACGAAGAAAUGAAUCAUGGGAUUCAUAAAUAUCAGGGGAAUCAAAACUGUUCUUGGCUGUUUUUAUUAUUAUUUUUUUUUUAAGUUCUGUAUUGCGUGGGUGAUUUGAAAUGAUUAGCUGCUUAACUGUGGCACUUUGCACUUGUAGAAAUGAUUAAAAAAAAAAGCAAGUCUGAAAAUGUUUAGCAGCAGUGAGGAUGUGUGCUGUGUUUAUUUACGAGUAUGAGUGAGUGUAACUUAUGCGGUGGAAAAACGAGCGUUCUCUUUUAAGUUUAUAGGAUGUACAUGAUGUCUGUGGAUGCCUGUAAGAAGUAUUCUGUGGUUUUAUGAAAAUGCACACUGGGAUGCUGAUCACUGUUGUAUCACAGGGAUUAAAAAAAAAAACAAAAAAACAUUUU